AUGUCAGAUCAGGAACGUCCACUCCAAUAUGAGAGCCUAGCUCUACAUACAGGAGAAAACGUCCAUGAUGUUCAACAGGGUACCAGAUCAUUAACUACUCCAUUAUAUGCAUCGACUUCUUUUACUUUCAACAAUAGCCAGCAUGGAGCUGAUAUCUUUGCUGGAAAGGCAGAGGACUUCGCUUAUAGUCGGCUGGGAAAUCCUACAUCAGCGGUCUUCGAACAACGGAUAGCAGCAUUGGAAGGAGGCGCUGCAGCUCUUCCUGCAUCCUCAGGAGAAGCGGCGCGCUGGAUGGCUAUCGCCGCCCUAGCAAUGGCCGGUGAGAACAUUGUUGCGUCUGCUACAAUAUCCGAAGAAACGUACACUAUGUUCAAAUAUCGCCUCCCAACACAGGGCAUCACGGUCACGUUUAUCGAUAUCAAUGAUACAGAUUCCAUCCGUAAUGCUAUUGAUGAGAAGACGCGUGCUGUAUACAUUGAAAGUAUCAGCAGCCUUGGCCUUCAAAUUGCAGAUAUCUCAGCGGUGGCAUCAGUAGCCCAUGCAGCAGGUGUUCCUCUCGUUGUGGACAACACGGCUGGUGUUGCAGGUUACCUUAUCCGCCCUAUUGACCACGGAGCCGAUAUUGUAAUCAACUCAACAUCAGAAUGGGUCACAGGAACCGGCACAACUGUCUCUGGGAUCGUUGUCGAUAGCGGAAAGUUCCCAUGGAAAACAAAUUCUUCAAGAUUCCCUCAUCUCACAGAACCUUCACCAGGAUACCAUGGUAUGAACUUUGUCGAACAGUUUGGCAAUAUCGCAUACAUUCUAUACAUGAGGAUGGCUAUUCUUCGUGACGGUGGACCCUGUCUGAAUCCAUUUGCGGCAUCAUUUGCUUUGGCUGGGCUUGGGAGUCUGUCCCCUAGGGUAGAUCGGCAUAAUAGUAACGCGUUAUCGCUUGCUGCAUGGCUACAAACGAAUGAAAAAGUUGCGAAGGUUGUGUUUCCGGGUCUCACGACGCAUCGCACUUUUUCACGUACGAAAAAGUAUCUCCGUCAAAAUGCCGGGUAUGGAGCAGUGCUUUAUUUUGGUCUACAGGAGGGUGGAGCGGAAAAAGUAGCCGCUCUUGUCGAUAAUUUAAAGCUUAUUAAGCUUUCGAAUGGACUAGGAACUCCGCAAACCUUAAUUUACCUCCCCGAGGGACGUUCGGCAUCCAGGGAAGGGAUCAAAGAUGCUGAUGAUGCUAUUGUUCGUGUUUCGGUUGGGCUAGAGCAUAUAGACGAUAUCAUCAACGAUCUUGAACAAGCUUUGGAACUUGUGUGA